AUGGACGCCCAAAAACUUCUUGCAUUCACAAUGAGAUGGAUUGGCGGGAGACGGGUACGAAAGUUCAUUAUGGAAUAUGCAAAAAAGAAGGACAUAACAAACGUACAUGUCCAACUCGCAACUCUGGUGCUUCAUCUUCGAGACAAAUGGGUGAUUAAGGUUGAAGCAUAUGCGGUGAUAUCGUUCUCAAUUAGUGUGGGAUUGUUGCUUUUGGAGCGAUGGAGGCAGGAAACUCACUCGUUUCACAUGCCUGGUGGAGAGUGUACUAUUACACUACAAGAUGUUGCUGUGCAGUUAUGGCUACCUACUGAUGGAGAACCCAUUACAGGAUCCUUGCAAUACGAUUGGGCACAGUUAUGUGAGGACCUACUGGGAGUACGACCUCCUCAACUUAAGGGAUCUAGGUUGAGUAUUCCUUGGCUAGCGGCACAAUUCAUUAAAUUACCACAAGAUGCUGAUGAGGUUAUGAUACAAAGAUACGCACGAGCAUAUAUUAUGCAGCUCAUCGGUGGAUUUUUAUUUCAGGAUAAAUCUAACACAUUAGUUCAUCUCAUGUUCAUUCCGCUACUGACUGAUUUCAAGGAAGUUGGACAAUAUUCAUGGGGUAGUGCAUGCCUCGCAUGGUUAUAUCGAGAACUCUGUCGGGCUAGUCGAGUUGAUGCCUUGGAUAUAGCAGAUCCGUUGAUACUUUUACAAGUGUGGGCGUGUGAUAGGUUUCCUACAAUUGCUCCACAACACCAUGUACUCACUCCUGAACAAUAUGCUGGACGUCCUCUCAGUGCACGAUGA